UCAUUCUCGGAAUAUGGCGAACCGCGUCACGGUCGGAUCAAAGAAGCUCAGCUUGGAGGAGUUCAGCUCUGUCGCCUUUGUCGGGGCGAAAGUGACAUUGGAGCCGCUGGCUGCGGUCGAGUUGCACAAGGACGAUGCGGCCCGCGUUGUGACGUUACCGGCAGCUGACGUGUCGGCAGACAAUUCGUAUUUGUCGCCAGUACUCGGACGUGCGUACUUGCUGUCACGUGUCAACUUCAUCGUCAAGCACGCAGGACUUCGCUCGGCUGCCGUCCUUGAAACUUUGGACUUUCUCGUGGCGUUGCUCAACGCCGACCUCAUUCCGCAAAUUCCUGCCCCCACUACGAAACUCGUUGAAGUCGAUGCUGCAUCCAUCGCGCUGUUGGAAGCCUUGAAAGGCCACGGCAAGGCUACUCUCAAAUCGAGCAAAAUUGUUACGUUGACGGACGGUCUGACUUCCACCAGUCUCACCCUACCGUCUGCGCUGUCGUCGAUCGAGCAAGCCACGUUAACGCAAGGCGGUGGCUCUCUUCAAGCAGUUGUAGCGUCCAUCGUGAGCGGCGCCAAGGGUCUUGCGCCCAUUGCGGAUGCAGCUGCCGCUCUCACCUGCGAAGCACUCAAGGCAUCCCCUGCGCCGUUCCAGGAAACCCACGAUGCUUCUCGCCCUCACCGAGGCAUGCUCACGGUUGCCACCAACCUUCGGGUGAUGUUGGACAACUCCAAGUACGCUGUUGUGACCGAAAAAGUCGAUCCGUUGGCAAUUCGUUCGAUUCCACAGUACCACGGUCCUGCGCGCGACACCAUCGCUGCGGUCGCCAAGACCGUCGAAGCCGACUUGAACGCGCCGGGCGCCUCGCUCGGUCUCUCUUCGUUCCACCCGGAAUUGCUCAAGCAGUCGCUCUUGUCUAUCCAUAGCGCUGUGGAAGCGCUCUUCGAUGGUUCCCGCGGCCGAGUGGCUCUUCUACCGUCGUCUAUUUCUCCCGCUGAAGCGGCUAGUAAGGUGGCUACGCCCGUCGCUGCAUUCUUGUUGGUGGAAGCCACGGCUGCACAACUGAAUGCCGAAGUUCGUGCGGCUCAAUCGAUCUUGGCGACCCAAGAGGCCACGCAAGGAGGAGCUGGGAAAGACGCCGACUCGGCCAAGUCGGCAGAAAUUGCGGCCAAGCAAGCGGCAGCUGAAGCCAAGGAAGAUGAGGCUCUUGCUGCGAUGAGCGAAGCCCAACGCGCUAAAGUGUUGGAGAAGCGCCGGCAAAAGGCUGAAAAGCUCAAGGAAAAGGCGGCGAAGAAGGCGGCGAAGGACAGCUUGAGCGCUGGCGUCGGUAGCUCCGCGUUCCGGUCAUUCUUGGCUUCCUCCCACGGCAGCGGUGCUCUCAGCCCGUUCGAUUUCCGUGUCCAAGGCGCCGUCGUCUUCCUCGAAGAGUUGUACGCGCGACUAAGUGGCCUCAGUGGUGGCCAGAAGCGGCGCCCAAAAAUUGCCAAGGGCGCGCAGGAUUUUUUGCCCCCGCAAAUGCACCUCCGCGAGCGCAUCUUCCAUAAAGUUCGCGCCGUCUUCAAGCGCCAUGGCGGCGUCGAAAUUGAGACUCCCGUGUUCGAGCUCAAGGAAACCCUGACAGGCAAGUACGGCGAGGACUCCAAGUUAAUCUACGACUUGGCUGAUCAAGGGGGUGAGUUACUGGCCCUUCGGUACGAUUUGACGGUGCCUUUCGCGCGGUUCAUGGCCCUCCACAACCCCGGCAACAUGAAGCGGUACGCCAUUGCCCGAGUCUACCGCCGCGACAACCCGCAAAUUGCGCGAGGUCGGUUCCGUGAGUUCUACCAGUGCGACUUUGACAUCGCUGGCGUGUACCCGACCAUGUUGGCCGAUGCCGAGGUGAUCUCGAUUGGGAUUGAAGUGCUGCAGCAGUUCCCAGAGCUCGGGCCGUUCAAGAUCAAGUUGAGCCAUCGCAAGUUGCUCGACGCAAUUUUGGAAAUCUGUGGUGUCCCCGCCGACAAACUGCGCACGACGUGCAGCGCCAUCGACAAGCUGGACAAAGAACCGUGGGAGAACGUCCGUGCCGAAAUGGUGGACGAGAAGGACAUUCCUGCCGACGUUGCCGAUCGUAUCCAAGGCUUUGUCACGCAAGUGGGCCACCCCAAGACGUUGCACGCACAACUGGUGGCGGAGAAGCGCUUCGGCGACCACCCUGCCGCCGCCGAAGCGAUGAAGGAACUUGCGUUGCUGUGGUCGUACUUGGAAGCGAUGGGCGUGCUUGAUUUCGUCUCGUUCGACCUGUCGCUUGCCCGCGGAUUGGACUACUACACCGGGCUCAUCUACGAGUUUGUCCUGACGGGUGCCGACGCGACGCAGGUCGGAUCGAUUGCGGCCGGUGGUCGAUACGACAAUUUAGUUGGGAUGUUUUCGGCCACGAAUGCGCAGAUCCCGUGCAUCGGUGUGAGUUUGGGCAUUGAACGCAUCUUUGGCAUGCUCCAAAAGCACGCGGAGAACCACGGCGACGGCCUCAAGACGCCUGUGUCCCAAGUGCUGGUGACGCAAACGUCGGCGGGCCUGCUCGUCCCGCGCCUCGAAGUGUGCCAGAAGCUGUGGGCCGCGCACAUUGCCGCCGAGAUCCUCCCGUCCGAGAACCCCAAGUUUGUCAAGCAGCUCCAACACGCGCUCGACACAGGUAUUCCGUACAUUGUCGUGCUCGGGGAAGACGAAAUUGCCAACCACCAAGUCAAAGUCAAGGUGCUCGCGACCAAGGAAGAAGUCACGAUCGACGAAAACGACCUGAUCGCGACUCUCCGCCGCUUUGGCGUUGCCACGACGAACGUCGUGAGUUGGGAUUAAGUAGUAGCUGCACCACCAGUUGCCAACUCGAAUCGAUCGAUCGCUCUUUGUGUGUGCACA